AUGUCCGAUUUCAAACCUGGGCACACGGGAUCAUCAGUCACCAUGGCGCCCCGGCGCCCCGAUAUGGGCUCCGACCUGGACUCGUCCGAAUCCGACGCGUCCGAGGACGACGCGAGCGACCUCGAGGACGCGGAGCUCCGAGCCGCGGUCCUGGCCGACGCGCGGAGGACGGCCGCGGCGACGGCGCCCGCAUCGAAUCUCGACGCGACCGAGGACGACGCGGGGGUGCCCAGGUCGACGACGCGGGCGGAGGUGGACGAGGAGGAACGCGCGAUCCUCUGCGGCGACGUCGACGAUGUCCUCGGCACGGGCGACGCAUCCGCGCCCGCAUCAUCCGCCGCCGCCGGCGCCGCGUCCGCGGGCGACCGCGGCGACGACCGCGGGCGCCGAGCCCCGCGCGUGGUGACCGGGAUCAACGCGGGCAAGAUCGGCCCCGAGCUCGCGCGGCUCAGAGAGGCGCAGGAGCGCGAGCACGGCGCUCAGGAGUACUACACCGCCGAGCAUUACGAUCGCCUCUACGGCCGUCGGCGUCCGUGGGGCAGGGACGGGCGGGGGGGCAAGGUGUGGUGCAAAGACGUUCACCCCCCCGGGUGCACCGAGUGCACGUCGUGCCACUUUUGCAGGCAAAAAACCGCCGACGUCAAGACUUCGUGUCAGUGCGCGCGGUGGCGCAAGACGCCGCCGGGGGGCAGAGGCCGCGGCGCGUGGUGCGGGUGGUGCCUGGAGAUGCGCAUGGGCGAAAACAUCGACGAGGCGCUCGCGGAUGCCGAGUGGCGGUGCCCGGUGUGCCGCGACAUCUGCAACUGCUCGGGAGCCAACUGCCUCCGAGCUAAGCGCGGGCUGUUCCCCACGCAGCAGCUCACGCACGAGGCCAUCGAGCACGGGUGGCAGAGCGUGGCGCACUACCUCAUCACCACGCGCAUCGUCGCCGGCGCCGACGCACCGCCGAUACUCGACCUGCCCCUCGCGCAGCGCGAGCAGUUUCGACGCCGGCGCCGAGCGUUGGGGCUGGAAAAGGAGCUGGACGCGGAGGUUGAGGGUUCGAACCCCGCCGGCGCCGCCUCGCGCCGAAACUUGGCGCGUCACGAGCGCAAGUCGAGAACGUCCGCGAUGAGGGCUCGCGUGGCGUCGAGGCUCGCGCGAGUUCUCGCCUUGGGUCUAACCGCGGACGGUGACGGUGACGGGGACGGUGUUACAGCUGUGUUACAAGAUCUUCGUCGCGGGGGCGAACACGCGGCCGGCGGCGGAUCCGACGCGUCCAAUCGUUCGGCGCCUUCGCCCGUCGUCCUGAUCGACGACGACGACUCGUCGGGCUCCGACCUGGACUCCAGCGACGGCGAGGAGGACUACGAGACGGACGUCGAGGUUGAAAUCGCCGAAAACGCCGGGGCUGAAAACGUCGAAAACGUCGAAAACGGCCCCGUCGACCUCACCCGGGCGGAGGCGGACGAUACGACGCCCCCCGCGUCCCCCCCGCGUCGCCGCCGCGUCCCGGCGGGGACGACGUCGGCGUCGACCGCGGCGUCGCAUCGCGCGGCGUUGGCGGAGAUUGAUCCGCCGCAAACGGCCGACGGAUGUUCGGGGAGGGAUGACGAAAGAUUCCACGAACGACGAUUGGACGACGACGGGGAGCGGGACCGGGCCGAAGCGAACGGCGGACGCGGCGGCGGAGGAGGGUCGCAUCGCCACCGCCCCCCCGUCGCGAAGCGCCCGCGUGUCGCUGCCGACGACGCGGCGAGUCACCGGCCGCCCGCGGGGGACGACGACGACGACGACGACGAUCGCGAAGAGGGGCGGGCGGAUCGAUCAAGGCGGACCGUUCGGGUAAGGCGCAGGAGACGCAAGGCGAAGCCGGUAACGGUCGUAACGGCCGCGGAGCGCGCGGCGCGACGCGACGCCGCGGAGAUGGCCGCGAUGCGUCUCGCCGCGGAGAUGGACGGGUCAGGAAACGCAUCCGGCGGACGCGGCUGCGUCGCGGCGGCGACGCUCCGAGAAGCCGUUGACCGGUACGACCGUUACGACCGACGUCUCGGAACCGCGCCCGAUGCCGCCGACCUCGCGCAUUGGACGGCUCGCGCGAACGACGCGGUCGAGGCGGCGGAGCAGUCGGCGGGCGACGACGUAGCCGGCGGCGGCGGAUCCGACGCGGCGCGAGCGACACAGCUGGCAGCCGAAAAAGAGCUCGCCGCGUGCGCCGCGUUGGCCGUCUUCGUCGCGAGGCGGUGGCGCGACGCCGCGGGAGAAUUCGCCUCUGGACGAGUGGAAAACCGCGGGGUCGAGGGGUCGAACCCGAGCGGGGACUCCUCUGGCUCUGACGAAGACGCGACGCGGCGUGAACGGCUCAGAGUUCUCGGCGACGCGACGGUUAGCGCGUUGGCUCGUCUCGUCGGCGGCGACGGCGCCGUCGCGUUUCGACGUCGACCAGUCACCACCCGGGCGGCGACGCUCCGCGCGGCGCUUCGCGUCGUGGAACACGCCUCCGCCGCGGCGUUUCGCAUCGGGACGGCCGUUACGGGGAUGGAUUCGCAGUUGGAGGGAUGGAGCGCGUCUGUGGUGGGCGCGGUGACGACGAGCGCGGUCACCGUCCUCGCCGUCCUCGGGCAGGAGUUUUGUUUACUUCGCGAACACGCGAGGUGGCGGGCGAGCGGGCACGCUGGCGGUGACGUGCUCCUUCACGACGACGACGACGCGCCUUCCCCGCCUCCACCGCUGACCCCUGAGCUCGAAACGGCGCUCGCACGAGCCGUUUCAGGAAACGCGUCAACGACGGGCGGCGUCGCCGAGGACCAAACGGAGGGACCGGCCGCCGCCGAUUCGGAUUUCCUGCUCGAGCGAAUGGAGGAGUGCCACGUGUUACUCCUCCACGCGCUCAACGCGCUCAGGCGACACGUGUCAUCCGCGAGCGGCGGCGGCGACGACGACGACGGCGACGCGCCCGAGUCCCGAGACCCCGUCGCGGAGGCGGCGACGAAUGGAGGAGUAACACGUGGCGCUCUUCCAUUUGUCGUGGCGCCCGGCGUCGCCGCGUUGAUAUCGCCGACGACUGCGGCGUUUCUUCACCCGAGGUUUCCCUUUCGGACCAAGCUCAGGCGAAGGGCGCUGCGCCUCGUCGCCGCCGCCGCGACGGUCGCGAGGCGCGCCGCGGGUUGCGCGGAGGGUGCCGAGGGGUCCGUCGCCGAGGCCAGAGCCGUCGCCGAGGCCCUCCGCGACCACGCGUGGCCGGCGCUGCGAUUUUUACUCGAGGCGGACCACCCGGCUCGCCGCUCGCCCGCCGCGGGGGUCGACCCGAUCCUGAAACGGCUGGACGCGAGCGGAACCGGCAGCGGAUGCGCCCGCGGGGUCAUCGAAACCGCCGCGCGGAGCGCGGGCGCGAUGCUGCGCCUCAGGUCGUGGUCGUGGGGCGUCGCGGAGCGCGAGCUGGUGGCGCCGUUUUCGCCUUUUGAUUUUUGGACCCGAGCGAGGGCGCCGCACAGGGCGCUCGCGCUGCGGCUGUACAGCAGGCUCAGGGACGCGUCGCCGGUGCUGGGCGCGGGGGUGGGCGCGCCCUUGCUCAAGCUGUGGACGCACGCCGCGCUGGAUCCCGCCGCGGGUUCUUCCGGCCGCGGGCGAAAGGGACAGAUGGACGAUUCGGACGACGUUCACGACGGAGGCUUGGACGAAACGGGAGGCGCGGACGCGAGGGGCCUCGGCCGAGCGCGCGCCAGGCUCACGCGCGCCAUCCGCGCGCACCCGAAGCUCGCUCCAGCGCUCGAUGGCUCGAACGCGAACGCGGCGCGCGACGCGGCGCACCCGCGCGGCGCCUCGCUGGCGACGCGAACGGAGUGGGUCCGCUCGGCAUACGCGGGAGUUAAGGAGCGAUGCGCGUCGGAUGUCGCCGCCGCCGUCGUAGCGUCGGCGAACGGAGUGCUGGACAUCGCGGCCGCGCGCGGGGGGGAGGUGGCCGGGACGCCCGCGCAGGUUGCGUGGGCGGAUGCGGUGGCGGGGGUGUGCGUCGCCGCGGCGAGGGUCGCGCCCGAGGCGAUGCACCGGCUGCCCUUCACGACUUCAGCGUCGAGUUCGGCAGCCGCGAAUCAUUCGGGAGCGAUUUUCGCCGAGUAUCCCACGAGGCUCGUCGCGACGCUGCGCCGGGUCGCCGAGCGCCACUGCCACGCGUCCGCCGCGCACACCGCCGCGACGAGCGUCCACAAGACGGCCGCCGCGCAGUCCGCAUUCGCCGGGUCCUUCCGAGCCGACGCCGCGCACGCGUCUUUGCGAAGAGCGGCGAACCGACUGGCUCGCGCCGACGCGUGGCUCGCAGACGCCUUCGCGUCGUUGGCCGCGCCGGGAAUCGAACCCGCGACCCGAGCCCCGUCCUCCUACCUGUUCGACUUUAACGACCCGAGCCUGGUUCGCGCGCUGGCGUCGCUGGUGCACGCCGCGUGGGAGCGGGGUCCGCCGAGGGAGCCCACUCGAGCCGCCGCCGCAAACGCCGCAAACGCGGCGUGGUCCGGGAUGGCCAGCUGCGGUCCGGGAGGGACGCGGCUGCGUAGGUUCGCCGUCGCCGCCUUUGUCCGCCGCGCGCUGACCCGCGCGAGGCACGGGAACGCGUGCAGGCCCGUCCCCGGCGCUACCGCCGCGGCGUGCGGCGCGCUGAACGCCCUCGCCGAGCUCCUUCGCGCAAAGGACAGAGCGGGCGAGUGCGACGAUUUCGCUCGGGAAAUCUUGCCGCUUCUCGCUGGUUCCUUCGUGGACGCGUGCACGCCGCCGCCGCCGCCGCCGGAUCCCGCCAAGUCCGCCCCGAGGGAGCACGAGUGCGUCCCGCCGUGCGUCAGGGCGGCGCUGUACGAGCUCCUCUCCGCGAUCGUCGCCGCGGCUCCCGCGCUGGCGGCGUUAAGAGACGCGCGGGUGGAGUGCGCCGCCGGUAAAGAGCACCUCCGAGCGAUGCUCGACUCGCCGGAGUACUCCAUCGGCGACGACACCCUCGCGGAGUGCGUUAGGGUGCUGCUCGACGCGUGCCAACGCGCGGCGCUCGCGGAGGUGGUCGCCUCGUGCGGGCACAGGGGCGCUGCAGCUGCGAGGCGCGCGCUCGACGCCGCGCUGGCGGCUUCAGGCGAGGACGCGUCGAGGCUCGGCGUGUCGCACCGGCGUUGGUUCGAAGCGUCGGACGCCGCCGAGGCGAACCAGGCGUUGCGCGCGGCGGUUGGUCAGCCGCCCGCGUUGGGAGGCGCGAUGGAGCGCGCGAUGCGGACGUUUCGGGCGCCGUCGUUGGCGCCCGGGGGCGAUUCCUUCGAUUCGUCCAUCGACGCGCGAGGUGGUGGCCCGGGCGCGGGUGGUCCGGGUGGUUUUUUUGUCGGCACCUCCGGCGGCUACUCGCGUCAUCACAACGUCACGCACAACGUCUCGGACGCGCCCGUGGGCAAGGACGUCGACGCCGCCGCCGCGGCGAUUCGUUUCCUCGCGUCGCUCGCGCGCGUAACGCUCGGUAACGCCCGGCGGAUACGAACCGUCGCGGUGCCCGUCCUCCGCGGCGGCCUCGGCGACGCCGCGGGCGCGAGACACGCGAGGACACAGCUGGCGUCCGCGGCGACGGAGCUGUGGACCGCGUGCGAAGAGUCGAUGGGCACGUUCCCGAUCACGGGCGGGGGCACACGAACCGGCGGGGAAUACGAACCGGCGCGGGGAACCCCGCUUAGCAACGUCGACGCGUCCCAGGCGUAUAAUAAUAACAGCCGGGCGAUCGAGACGCUUCGCACGGCGUGGCCGGGGGACGGCGGCGAGCCGGUUAGCUUCUCCGCCCUUCCCACGCUCGCGAGGGAUAAACCCCCGGGAAAGGUCUCGGUGAUUGGCGCGGUGGUGGCGCGCGAACCGAUUAGGGGUACGCGUCGGUUGCAAAAUCCAAAGACGGGUCGAUCGUACGACAUGGCGUUCGUCACCCUCGGCGAUCAUCGCGGCGCGCGGGUCAGGGCUCAGCUCAUCGGGAAGAAGGCCAAGUCGUUGGCGGAGGUGCUGGACCGCGAGGGGGGCGAGUGCGGUAGGGUGGUGUUGGGUUUGUGCGGGAUGACGCCGCAGGACAAGCCGGGUAAAGGCGGGGUGAUCGCGACGGUUUGGGAUCCGAAGGAGGAAUGCCGAAUCGUGCUCAGGCCCGACCACCCGCUCGCGCUCAAACUCUGAGCGAGAAUGGGGGGGCGCGUGGACGGACGAGGCGCGCGGGCGCGGUUCGAGUGACACGUGUUAGCUCAAGUCGCCGAAAACGCAGAGCUCGCGGCUCGAUAUGAUAGUCUAUCGAUAAAUGAAAACGGGGAGCCGAACGUGCCAC